UCGAGAUUACAAAUGAAUUUAUAACCAAGCUUAGAAUUAAGAAAAAAGGAAAGAAUAAACCUGAUGAUACAAUCAAUGAUAAACCUGAUGAUACUCCAGAAAUAAAGAAUGAAGCCGAGAUUACAAAUGAAUUUUUAGCCAAGCUUAGAAUUAAUAAAAAAGGCAAGAAUAAACCUGAUGAUACUCCAGAAAUUUUAAUAUCCGAAGAAACAACCAAUGCUAAAUCAGAUGAUAUAAUCAAUGCUACGCCUGAAAUUACAACUAAGCACAUAGUCAAUGAGAGAUCUCAAGAUACAAUCGUUGCUAUACCUGAAGAUAAAAUCACUAUUGAAGCCGAAGAAAAAACUACUACUAUUGUUAAUAAAGAUCAACAUUAUAGCACGUGGGAGCAUUUUUCAAAUUUAAUAAGUUCUUUUAAUCCUUGGAUGCCGAGAUAUCCAUCUAAGGGAUUUGAAGAAUUAUUAGACAAAAAUUUCAAUCAUAAUAAACUCGAGGACACUGUAAAUGGUGUGAUCGUAAUCAUUCCUGCUUAUAAUAUCUCCAAAUGUGAAUAUACUCUUUUUACAAAUUAUGACCCCAAAUUUAAAGAGCAUUACAUGAAAGAUGUUAUACGUGCAAGUGCUUCUGCUCCUACUUAUUUUCCUGCAAAAAAAAUAAAUGAUGAUUAUUUCAUAGACGGUGGUGUUUUUUCGAAUAAUCCAACCGUUAAAGCUUAUCUUGAAGCUAAAAAAAAGUAUCCAAACUCGAAGUUUGUUGUGGUUUCUCUUGGUACUGGUUAUCAUAAAGAGCCUUUAGAACAUUAUAAAGACUGUGGUGUUGUUCAGUGGUUAAAACCAUUGAUUAAUCUUUUAUUCAAUUCUGAGCUCGAUAAUCAUGACAAUACUAUGAAACUUUUGGCUGAUCUUGACGACACAUUAUAUUACCGGAUUCAAUUGAAUUUGGCCGAAGAGGAUAGUAUAAUGGAUAAAGUUUCGGAGAAAGAUGCUAAAAGACUUACCGAAUUAGCCCAUGGAGCUAUCAAAAAUCCUGCUUAUAAGGUUGAAGAAAUAGUUGAGUUACUCGUAGAUAAAUGUAGAAAAUUUCAUGUCUUUCCUACUAAAACUUCUAGAAAUAAAGAGUAUUCUACACUCAAUGAAUAA